GUUGUAAGGCAGGAAACCCAGAAGUUAAAAGUCUUCUGUGUCGUUUCUCCGUCGUCAGAUCCUCCCCCUCUCCACUCUCAGAUUCUUCAAAUUCAGCAGCCAAUCCUCGCUCAGUUCUCCCUCUCCUAGCGCGCCAAAUACAAAUCCACCCGAAUAACACAGGAUGGCGGAUAGUCCCGGUGGCAGUGGGAGUCACGAGAGUGGCGGCGGUGGUGGCGGGGAUCGGAGCCCACGUUCGAGCGUUCGGGAGCAGGAUCGUUUCCUCCCGAUCGCAAACAUAGGCCGCAUCAUGAAGAAGGCGUUGCCCACUAACGGGAAGAUCGCCAAGGACGCCAAGGACACUGUCCAGGAAUGCGUCUCUGAGUUCAUCAGCUUUGUUACCAGCGAAGCAAGCGACAAGUGUCAAAAAGAGAAAAGGAAAACUGUUAAUGGGGAUGAUUUGCUCUGGGCAAUGGCAACUUUAGGUUUUGAAGAUUACAUUGCUCCACUCAAGGCCUAUUUGGCUAGGUACAGAGAGUUGGAGGGUGACGCCAAGGGAUCUGCCCGGGGUGGUGAUGGAUCUGGGAAGAAGGAUAUGGUUGGGACUCAGCUUAGUUCUGAUACACAGGUAACUUAUGGAACUCAGCUUGGAUCUGAUACACAGUUUGUUCAUCAAGGCUCUUUCACACCAGGGCUAAGCUAUACAUUCCCAAAUUGAAUCAAAUUAUGAUAAUUUCACUGAUAAAGCAAAGUGCGACUCUCCAGCUUCAGAUAUGUUUCAAAAUGCCUGCCUUCAUAUGUACACUUCUAGAGAACAAGUAUGUUUGGAUUUUUUGUCAUUUGUAAAUUCUAAUAUUUCUAUUUAUGCAUCUGUGAUAGUGGCUACUAUUUAUAUGAUUUAGUGGCCAUUUGGUUGGUCUUUUUAAGUAGAAUUUAUUCGUAAAACCAACAUUGUAUUCUAUAAUAUAUAUAGUACAAUGGGUUAAUGUGCGAUAA